CACAGAAUAAUUUUACACAUGGAAACAGAAGAUGGGACUGUGCUGGACCUAGUUUUUGCACAGUACUACUUUGAAUAUGAACCUCAUUCUUUUAUACCAAAUCCACACAAAAACAGUAAACAGCUGGAAAAAUAUCAGAGAACCAGUGAGAGUACUAAAAGGAGGAUUCAAACUUUAGUUGAUGAAAAUAAACGCCCAAAAGACAUUUUUCAUUCCAUAAUAGAAGAGCAAGGGGGCAUAGAGCAUAUACCCGGUGGAUUAUUUCUUCCUCGAGACAGACAACAGAUCAAAAAUUUAACAAAAAUGAAAAAAUCAAAUACAGGAAAUUUUGAUUCACUGGCAGAACUUUUGGACAUGGCAAAAGCACAGGAGGAAUCAAAGGAUAAAUUUGUGCGAGAAUUAAGAUGUGCUCCUGAAUUUACAGUGUUUUUAGCAUCAAAUCGGCAGCUUAAAGAAAUGGAGAAAUACUGUACAAAUGCAAAGAACUUCUCAAUACUGGGCAUUGACACUACCUUUAAUAUAGGUGCCUUUUAUGUCACGGUUACAAAUUAUCGAAAUCCAAUGUUAACAAGUAAAAAUGGUAAUGAACCAGUCAUGAUUGGACCAAUUUUGAUACACCAGAAGAAAAACUUUGAUAGUUAUUUUAAACUUUCAUCCUCCAUUCUGCAAAUAUGCCCAGAAAUGAAAAAUUUAAAGGCAUUUGGAACUGAUGGAGAUAAAAAUUUGUCUGAUGCCUUUGAAGUUUGUUUCACAUCCUCAAAACAUUUAUUGUGUGACAUCCACAUGCAAGAUAACAUAGAAAGAAAACUGAAAGAUCUAGGAAUAACAAAAAGCAAAGCCAGGGAAUAUAUUGAUGAUAUUUUUGGAAAAAGAACUGGGGAAGUAAAAAUUAAGGGAUUAGUGGACUGCAUGAGUUAUGAAGAAUUCGACCAUGAACUGCAAAAUUUGUGUGCAAAAUGGAAGUCAUUACAUCAAAAUGGAAACUUAUUCUUUAAAUAUUUUGUUGAAUUCAAAGCAGAACUAAUUAAAAGUUGUAUGUCUGCAGAGUUGCGAAGUCUUUCAGGUCUUGGUUUUCUUCCAAAACCCUACAACCAAAAUGCUAAUGAAUGCAUGAACUCGGUCAUUAAAAGUGACCUUAAAAAGGAAGGUCACCACUCCAAAAUCAAUGAAAAAGAAGUCGUUCUAGCCUUGGAGAAAAUAGUAAAAAGGCAAGAAGCAGAAGUCAAAUUGUCUUUAAUUGGAAAGGGGGAGUAUCGUUUGAAGAAAGAAUACCAACAUCUUCAAGUGCCAGAUAACAUAUAUUGGAGAAAAACACCACUUCAAAGAGAGGCAGUUUUUACAAAGAUGUUGAAAGAACCAUUACAAGCUCAGGGAGGGGACGUCAUGUGUCACACAGAUACAGAUCAAGAAAUUGAAAAUCUUCAAGAACAUCCAUCACUUCCCGUUUCACCAGAGAACAGCCAAAUCACUAACAUUCCAUUUCAAAUUUUGAAAACUAUAUUUGAGGAGGCUCAAACUAUUAUACAUUCUGUGAAUGGGAUAGUUGAAAUGCCUGGAUACACAGACAGAUCAUCUUUAUUCAUAUUGAACGUUUCACAUCCAAAGGAUCCAUAUAAAGUAUGCAAACUGAAAACUACAAGCUUCUUUACCUGCGAAAAUAGAUGCCAUCGGUUUUCCAGUUUUAAAUUGUGCAGUCAUACGAUCGCUGCUGCAAACUACUGUGACAUUCUUCAAGACUUCAUCAAAAUUUACAAUGAAAAGUAUAAAACCUUAGGUCCUAGUCUUACUAAAAUGGCAUUAGCAAAUAUGCCAAAAAGUAGAGGUCAAAAGCCAAAAGGAACUUCAGUAAGAAAGGGUCAGAAUAAUAAAUGCAAUACUGAAAUUAUUGAAUUUGAAACACCACAUAGACCUUCCCUUGAGCAACCAUUUCAUCUCACAUUUUUGGCUGGAAUAGUGAAGAAAUGUUAUGGAUGUGGACAGUGUUUUUCUGAUAGACAUAGGUCACCACCAAAUGAUCUUAUUUUAAAACGCUUUGACCAUAGAAAGUAUUUAAGUCCAAACUCUAAAACCUAUAAAACAACACCAACGUUGCAAAAUACAUAUUAUCAUCUAAAUUCAGACUGUUGUAGAAGAACAUGUCCUUUGUUUGAAAUUUCAAGAGACGUUAUUGUUCAUGGAGAAAUCAUGUGUCAGUUAACUGCAGACCAUAAAAAUGUAUUACAAAAGUUAAAUAUAUCCAUUCAGUAAAAUGCAUCUACUGUAUUUGUAAACCAUACUCUUGGAAAAGUGUGUAAAAUGUUUUGCUUAAAGUGCAGUUUUUAACCUUUAAAUUUACAAUGUAUAUUUUAAUACAAUUGUAUUUGUUAAUAGAACUGUAAUCAAUAGAACUCUUCAAUGAUGAUGACAUUUGCAUUAUGUAAUAUGAAAAAAAACUAAUUGAGACAGCCAUGUCAAAGUUUACUAUAGAGUAUUGUAAAUUUUAUGAAUAUUUGUAGUUAUUACUACUGAAAUUUUAGAACAAAUGAAAUGCCAAAAACAUGAUACAGAUCUUGUAUACAUAUAAUGUAUUAAUUGUUUUUAUUCCGAUUUAUUGAAACCAGGUUGUUGACAAAUAUUUUUUACUCAUGCCUGGGUGAAAUUUGCUGCUCAAUAGUUUCACAGAAAGUUUGGUUUACUGACUAAGCACAUUUCAAUGCAGUAAUUAAAUCUGUCAAGACUUCUCGCCUAUCAGGAUAAAAGUGAGUGCACAGUUCACUCAGUCUCUGUUUUUCAAAACAAUGUGCCAAAUGAUCAAGCCAUUCCCAUUGUUGACAUUUGAAGGUCAGAAAAUUUUGUCAAUAUGGGCUAUACAAAUUAAAAGUGCAUUAAAGCCUUCGUGAUCACUAAAACAAUUAUAACUCUUGCAGAUAGAGGGAGGGCGUAUUGAGGAGAGUGACAGGAAAUAAUUUUUCUCAUUUCUAUUUUCUGUUAAAAUUUCAUGUCUUUACACAAUUCUAAAUAUAUUUUUUGAAGAAUUUCUGCAAAUUUAAUCAGAAAAGGGAUGGUGAAAAAUGUACAAAGAGUGAAAAAAUAUUAAUACAGAGAGAGGAAAACUAAUGACAAUCAAUUCAGCAAAUAUAAACAAAGAGGGUGCUUUGUACUUUAAUAGUACACAAGAUGUGUUUGUGAAACAAUGAUACCCCCGUAUGGUUGCUUGUGGCGAGGGUUGAAUUUUCUCAAUGCAUAUCAAACUGGAAAAUCAGUUUCAAGAGACCAAAAUUGUUGGUACCCAAAUGAAGGUUUUGUCACAAGGAAAACACUUGUCAAAUAUGAAAGGCCUCAUUCUUAGUGAUCAAAACGUAUGGCCAAGGUUAGAUUUAAAAAAGAUUAGGAUCAAACUUUAAGGCCAAGGUAAAAGAUAUACAUACCCAAAAGUAAGGUUUCACAAUAAGUAUGUUACACCACGUUAUAAUAUAUAUAAUUAAUUUGUGAUAUUUUUGGGGUAAAGGUGGUUCAAACAUUUAGGUCAAGACCAAGGUCAAAUUUGGUGGUACCCAAUUGAAGCUUUGUCAAAAGAGGUUUGUCAAAAGAAAGACAUCUUUGAAAUAAUAUGAAAGCCAUAUAGCCCCACCUACUAAAAAGUUAUGAGCAAGGUUAAAGUUUUUGCAGACCUACAGAGAGUGGACAGUGCAAAAACUAUAUACCCCCAAAUCUUUGAUUACAUGGGCAUAAAAAACUUAUUAUGUACAUGUACAUGCAUGCACAAAUCCUGAAGUGAAUUCAUAUAAACUUUUACAAAAUAUUAAAAUAUUUAGGAGGGGUCCGUGUGUUUCCAGAAUCAAGGGUAGGUUUUACAUUAGGUUAAGAAACUUUAAGACUUUAAGAAAUUCUCUGACCAAACACGCUUUCCAUCUCUAUCCAAAGUACAAUAGUUAAAUACAAAUCAUGCAUUUUAAUCAAGUAGGUAUGUUCUCAGUGCAGCUGUAAAAUAAUCUAAUAAAUGCUCUUAAUCUGUCUGAUAACAAAGCUGUCAACGCCUCUAAAUAGGUUUG